CCAAUGCGGGAGGCGGCCGAGCCGAGCCCGCCGGAACGCGGCCUGAAGCGGUACCUGACAGAUCGGGCGGCGAGCCCGAGCCCGCCCGAGCGGGGCCGAGUCCCCGAAGCGGCCCGGCCCGGCGGGUCGAAGAAUCCCGAGCUCGUUCGAGUCUCUUUCCGAUCGCACCCGAAGGCGGCUGAGGCGGCCGCGAGGGGAGCCGAGCGGUGCCGAGUCCGCUCCGAUCGCGCCCGAAUUCCCCUUCGUCGGCCCGAACGUGCAGAGCCCGAAUCCGCCCGAAAGCGGCCGAACCGGGCCGAGCGCUCCGAUCGCACCCGAAGGCGGAGGGGAGGGAGGGGGCCGCCCCGCAAAGGCUGCUGGGACGCUGGAGGACCGGCGGGGGCGGGGCGUGGCGCCAAGAUGGCUGUCGUGAGGCGAGGAAGAACUUCAUCAGUUCUGUCGUCUCUUCCUUUACAGAUUCUAUUUUAUAUAAAUGGGAUUUAUUACAUCUUUUACUUCUUGGCAACUCUGGCAAUGAUUGUUUAUAAAAGUGAAGUUUUCAGUUAUCCGGAUGAUUUCCUGGCUCCUGAUCUUGCCUUGCUUUUCGUUAUGGCCAUUCUUGAAGUGCUCCGAUUAUACUUGGGUUCCAAGGGUAACCUGACGGAAGAAGAGGCUCCGUUGGGGCUCAGCCUUGUGAUGACGGUGGGAAGCGUGAUUCUGUCUGUGUAUUUCCUGGUGUGGCAAACUUACGUGCUGAAAGCAGAUGUCAUUCUAAACGCUCUCCUCCUCUUUACGUACGGGCUGGAGUCGCUACUGAAGGUCGUAGCCAUUGCUGCUUUUGUCAGCUAAACCUUAGCAGUCGUCUACACGUUUUCAACACAUUUUGUCGGUAAAGAGUGAGUUUAUAUUUCAAAUAUUUAAUUAUUUUGCAUACAAAAAUCCUGUAAAACUUUACUCUGUGCAAAUUUUUGGGGGGAGAUCUCCCUGAACGGUAGGGAGAAUAUCCUGUCUAGCAGCUGUGUUUCACUCUCUCAUCACUCAGCGUAUUUCCAGACAAAGGCAAGAGGUGAUUCAGCAAAAGCACUUAAUGCUCUGGUGUUCGUCAAGAACCGACACUAGACCUUCAUUCCCAACUCAGAACAGUAGCCAGCGCAUCGUCUGGCUGCACGCUGUUGGGACAAUGUGAGUUUUCACAACAUCGCCGCAACGUCCAACCCAAGUGACACAGAAAUGAAUCAGGCCAAUGCGCGCGCACUCACUUCUGCCUUGCCACAGACACGUCCCUGUUCGAGGGCACAGUUUCUCUCCUGCUCUCAUUUGUCUUCCCAGCCCCCAGUGGUAAUUUCCCUGACGUUAGUAGGGCAGUACCUGAUUUAUCCCAGUGGGAGAGAGUUGAAUUGAGUUUUGCGCAUCCCCGGAGAGCCGAGCGGCACGGUUUGGGCAGCCGGUUCUCACUGAUGCAGAGGCCAAAGGCAGAAGAAGUGUGGGAGUAGGUUUGUUUGAGUAGGACGGCCUUAAGAUGAGUGUAAACAUUCACCAUUCGCUCACCCUCUGUCCUAUUUAAGAGUCCAACAGAAUGUUGUCAGAUGUAUUUCUGUUUGGUGUUAAAUGUGUUUAUUUCCACGGUUCUGUAAAAAUGACUACAUUCAAGCCUUGUCUUUUAAAUGAAGAACUAUGUGCAAUUUCAGAUUUUUUUUACUGUACCAAAAAUACAUUUGUAUUAAUGUAAAGCUUGGGGAAUUUGCUUGGGGUUUUAUACAAGCAGGUUUUGUAU